ACAUGUUAGAUAAGAUAACAUAAAUCUGUGCUCGAAAUUUAAAAGCUUUACUUAGUCUGCCUCAAAACGCAUCACAAAAUCGCUAUUAAAAUAAAUGAGGGCGGGUUUAAAUUAUUUUCGGUGAAAACAAAAAAUCCCGCCUAAAUAGACAAAAACGCGUUUAAAAACAAACGAGCGUUUUUUGGCAGCGCAGUCGCGAUGGUUAAGGGUGCUCUCGAGCGCACUAACGUGACGGUAUUGAUCGAUUUGAAAACCUACGAGUGUCGUUAUAAGUAAAUUUUGUGUUGUAAUUAGUGAACAAUUGUGAAUAUGGCCAAGCAGGCUGUGUCGAGUAGGAUCCCGCAGUUCAGCUCCAGGAUACCCCAGAUAGCCCAGACAGCCCCCGCAGCCCCGGCAGCCCAGAAGCCGGCCGAAAUAACCUCGAAACAUUUGGGAUGUCGCGUGAAGGUGGGCGAUAAGCAGGGCGUGUUGCGGUUCGUGGGCGCGGUCAAUUUCGCGAAAGGCACUUGGUGCGGCGUGGAACUGAACGGCGAGAUCGGCAAAAAUGACGGGAGCGUCAACGGAGUGCGGUACUUCGAGUGCGCGCCGCGGUGCGGCUUGAUGGCACCACUGUGCAAGACCGCCUUGCUGGAUGCCUGCGAAAAAUUGGACGAAGAUUCCGGACCGUAUUCCAUGCUGUUUUUGCAGUCGCAUAAUAAAGCCAAGACUGAGAUAAACUUUACGCAGGAAAAUAAUUUAAAUGAAACGUUUGAUAAGGGCGUGGAUGAUCUUAACGAAACGUUUUUUAUUGGAGGAUCCGAUGAUUUAAACCAAACAGUAGUGCUUAGUAAAACGGUAGUGGGUAAUAACGAUACUUACCAACUAAAAAAUAGCGAGGCAGAAAACCAUUUGAAAAGGAAAACCUUUAACUUGGACAUUAAGCAGAAAAAUAGCGAUAAUCAAAAUACAUUUGUGGUUAAUAAUACUUUUGAUGUAAGUAAAGCGGCGAGCUUGGAAAAAACUUUUGUAAAUAGAUCCUUCGAGAAUUUGCCCAACGAAGCCAAGCGUCGCAAAAUUAACAAUCAAAAGAAUUCUGACAAUAUUACACUAGACCAACCAACGGAUACAACAUACUCCUCUCCGUCAUCGUUGGAUUUGGUAAAUCACUCUACACCUGCGAAAGUCGAACCACUUAAAUUUGAUCUACGUAAAGUGAGAAUAAGUGGUAUUACUUUAGACGCCAACAACACUGAAGAUGAUAAAAGUAAACGGGAUUCCCUGGACUUUGAGGAAUCCCUAGGAAUUCUCACGCCAGAUCAGAUGGUGGAAGACUACAUCAAUCACCUCAAACUUGGUUUUGAAGCACAACAAGAAAAAGAUAAAACCCUGGAACACGAUAAAACUCCAAGCCCGGGCAUAUUAGAAGAGACACUAAUAAACAACGCCACAAGACUAAGCCCCCAAGACUUUAGCUUUGGCAUAUUGGAAGAAACGCUGAUAAACAACGCCACUAGACGCGAAAGUUCUGGUAAAUACGUAAACAAACUAUAUUCCAAUGAAACGGAAAACGAUAAAACUCUAAGCCCCAAAGACUUUAGCUUUGGCAUAUUGGAAGAAACCCUGAUAAACAACGCCACUAGACGCGAAAGUUCUGGUAAAUACAUGAACAAACUCAAUGAGUCGUUUUUGAAAUUUAAGCUGCCAAACGAAUGCAAGGAACCUGAUAUAUCUAGUCCCAAUUUGGUCGAUGCAAGUGUGACUGAAUACAGUUUGGGGAUUUUAGAUGAGCAUAUGCUAUCGAACAUGUCUGCUGCUGCGGAUAACAUGAAUCUAGCGUUGCCCCUCGAAAACACCACGGCUUCCAAAGACUACAGGCUGAGUAGAAUCGAGCAAACCCCUUCGCCGGAAGAUUUACCUCUAGAUCCAACCCCUGUGGUAACAGUACAAGAAGAGUUAUUGGGUAGUAAAGAGGAUGCAAAGAGUAAGCCCUUGAAUAGCUUUAUAACGAGUAUCACGAGCAUCACUAGCUUGGAUACUGGAUAUCAGGGUGAUGGGGAGAUGUCGAGGCCGGCCAGUAGAGGCGCUGAUAAUUCUCCGAUGACGCGACGACCUCUGCCAAAACCUCAAAAUCAUAGACAGGACCCAAUGACAGAUUCCGAUUUUUACACGGAAAGCGACGCAGACAAUCACGAGGAUCACCAUUUGAAGGGCGAUAGAAAGGCGCAAGUUAUAGAUGGAACUCUUUAUGGGGUGGAUGCGCAAGCUGCAGCGGACAUAUAUGCGAAUAAUCGCGAGAACAUGGAUUCAAGCGGCAUUUUUACCGAUGCGGAGAUCAACACGAGAGCUGAAGAGUUGAAUGAAACGUUCGAUGUCUCGCCCAGCGAUACUUCGAUUAAAACCGUAUCGGAGAACAGCCAAAAGAAACAGGAGAACGUGCCGAAAGUGGCCACCACGCCGAAGCAAAUUUUGGCCAAGAGAGCGUCCUCGACUCCCACGUCAACUCCGAGCCUUCAAUCGCCGAAGAGCGCCGCCAAAGACAACUCGUUUUUGAAGAAACACAAGAUGCCAAAACGCGACGUCCCCUCGAAAAUCAAGACCAUGCUAGUGCCAAAUCAAUCGCCGGUGCCCAGCGAGAGGAAGACCGUCAAGAAGGCGGGAAAAUGGGACGCGGUCAUGGACAAAAUUUCGAAAAACGAACAGAACAAAAACAACCUAAAGGACGUCAAGUCGAAAGUUUUUAACGCAAGUUCGAUGCAAAACGAGAAUAACAAAAGUGCCGAGAAGAAUUUGAGGCAGACUCCCAAUUCCAAAACACCGAAUUCAAAAUUGACCUAUGUUAAAUCAAACAUUUUAACUGUGAAACAUAUUUCGAAUAAUAAUGUGAUUGAUAACUAUAAAAAGCUACAAACUAAUCUAACUGGAACUAUUAAGUUGCAAAGUAGGACAUAUAAAACAAUUGAAAAUAAUCGGCCUACAGUUGCUUUGUCGAGGGACAUUAAACCUAAAACUAUUGUGCCAAAAAUAGUAAAUAACAAGAAAAAGACUGACAUUGAAAAUUUAAAUUUAAGGCGAACGAGGGUCCGUACAAAUGCUGCCAAUACUCCGCGGAAAAAUUUAAAUUUGGAGAGCAGCAUUCACAGUUCUUUGAGUGACGUCAGCUCACCCGCACAGCAACUGUCAAAGAAAAAUAGCGAAAAAAAGAAGUUAAUUAAUACACCAAACGAUGUCAAAACGAAAAAAUACGUUGUUUCAGCGAAAGAAAAGAAAACGGAAUCUCCAAAGAUUUCAGAUAAUAGAAACAAUGUAAAGCCGAGCAGACAACUGAUCGUGGGACCUUCCAAAAGAAACCAAACGACUUCGAAAGAAGACCACCGUAUAGUUGAAGCCCUUGCGAUACUUGUUCAACAUCUAGUCUUCAAUGUGGAUGCUUUUUCAGCACCUGCAUUAAAAAGAGAAUUAAACAUACAAAAAUCAGAAAAAGAAGAGUGGAAAAAGUCAUACGAAACGCUAGAAGAAUCGAUAAACAAUGAAAAAAGUGAACAUUUGCAAGCUUUGGAAGAAGAAAGGGCGUUACAGAAGAAACAAUUGGAAGACCUUAUAGAAAGUCAUACAUUAGCCAUUUCAAAUUUGAAACUUCAACAUGAAGAGCUGGAAGCCCGCCUGACGCAAGAAAAAGAGAACGCAACCAAGCGAAUAACGAAGCAGCACGAAGACCAGCUGACAACGUUGAAAUCCGAGUUCUCGAGGUUGCAGCAGAACUACGAGGAACGCUUGGACAUUCUGCGCGAAGAGAACGAGGCCAUAAGGGAGCAGAUCGACGAGAAAAAGCAGGAGGUGGACGGCGUGCGAAGGGAGAACGCGAAAAUCAGAAGGGAGCUCGACGGGAAGUCGAAAGAACGAGAGCAGAAGGUCGACGCCGAGAAGCAAAGUUUGGAAGAGGCGAUUGCCGAAAGGACGAAGGUUCUGAAUGAGGAAAACGAGAGGUUGAGAAAGGAGAACGAACGGUUGCUGAGUUAUGGGGAUGAGAAAGGAAUCGGCAUACAGGAAGUCCAGUCGCUUAGGGCGGUAUUGGAAAUCAAGCAACGCGAUGUAUCUGAUUUACGUAAAAGUUUGGGCGAAGCAACUCAGAAGUUGGAAAUACUGGAGAAUGCGGAAGAGCGCGCGAACUUCUUGAGCGCGAAAUGCGAGGAUCUCAAGUCCCAAUUGGAAAGAAAAUUAGAUAUUGAACAGAGUUUGGUGAACGAAAACUGCAAACUGCAGGAGAGUUUCAGCGAAGAAAGGAAGCAGAAAGCGCGCCUUUCUCAGCACAACGAAGAACUUCAAUGGAAGCUGAAGAAGAGCAAAGAAGUGAUGAACAGCAUUUGCCAACUCACCGGCGACAACUCGACUCUGAAUCGGUCUUUGUUGUACUCGAGCUUGAACGAGAAGCACUGCGCCACCAAGCAAAACCUCGAGCGCAGCUCCUCGUUCAAGGAGCACUCUUUCAACGAGGGCAGCGUCGCGAAGAGGAGGUACAAAACCUCGCUCACUCAGGACUUUGAGGACGACGACUCGCCACCUUCCUCGCCGAAGGUGAAGGGCGUGGUGGAAAAGUCCGAUUCGGUCAGCUACGUGCUGGAUCUGGACGAAAGCCCCGACAUCGUCGCUUCGAGGAUAGUGCGCAGGAGCUUCAGGAACUCCACGCCGCCGAAAACCACGCCGACCAAAUCGCCGACCGGCAGAACGCCCACGAGAAACGCGGUAAGCCUCAGCAGCUCGGCCAGCUCCGUGACCUCGAGCAAGUCUUCGAGGAACGAUCAGUUCUUCGAGUGUCAGGUGAAUAGCAGCGUGUUCGCUUGGACGAGCACGCCGCGCGCCAACUCGAAGCUGGACGACAACUCGGACCUGGACGAGGAGGAGACCGACGUGGACCUCGAUCUGCCCGCGCUGCCGAGCGAGCUGGAUCGGCAGCGGUCGGCGCAGGCGCUGCCCAGUCCGAAGCACUUGGCGGGCGAGGCGAUGAUAUCCGAGAGCGCGUCCGAAGACGAGAGCACCAGUUCCUCCCAGCUGUGAUUCCGCGAGGAAGAGGUUUUCUCCCGACAAUGAGGCGGAAGAGUAAUUUUGCAAUGCCGAAGAGGUUCCAGUGAAUGCCGCCUGUUGAAAACGGGUGUCGUGUGGUUUGUUAUCGACUGUUUAUAGUUUCUUUGGACUUUGAGAGUUUAUGGAUGCACCUUUAUAUUUGUGAGUAUGCAAAAUGGUGAAAAAAAUUGUAUGAUUAUUUGCUAUUUGAUAGUUUAUUUAUUGUCUGUAGAUAUGUAUGUAUAAUAGAAUAUAUGAAAAAAUCGACUUUUUUUUUCAAAAUUAAAGUUUAAGCUCUUAAUAUUAUUAUUAAUAUCGCGAUUUUCUUUCUUCUUUUUAACUUUGAAAUUUUAUUCCCUUACAACGCAAUUUUGUAGUGAUAACACCAUUACAUAUUUGUGUGAGAAAUUAAAUGCUCUGCAAAAAAGAUUUCAUAUAAUUUUACGUUAAAACUACUAUUUUAAAAUUUAUUUAGGGUGAAAGUUGAAUUUUCUAAUUUUUCAGCAAAAUCACAAGAUUAAAAAAUGCAAAUAACUAAAGAUCCUUCACGAUUUUAGAAACGUUGUAGAAGAUAAUUUGAGCGAAAUAAAACGUUCUACAAAAUAAAUCCUAUACAAUUUUACAAUGAGUUUGAUAGUUUCUUUAGAAAAUUUAAAAAAAUAUAUACGUUUUUUUAUCUUGAAAUUGUAUAACUCGUCAACGCAUUUUUUUAUUAACACCAUGACAUAUUUUUGUGGGAAAUUAAAUGGUCUACAAAAAAUUGUUCAUAUUAUUUUUUGCUAAAUUUACUUUUUCAAAAGUUAUUUAAGGUAAAAGUUGAUUUUUCUAUUUUUUAGCAAAAUCACAAACAUUUAAAAAAAUGCAAGUACCUACCUAACUAAAGAUCCAUAAAAAAAUUUAAAAACGUCGUAGGAGAUAAUUUAAACAAAAUAAAACGUUCCAAAAUAAAGUUCUAUAAAAUUUUACAAUUAGUCUGAUCGUUUUUCUGGAAAAGUAGACAUAAAAUGUGCGUUUUUUUAACUUUGAAAUUGUAAAAUUCCUCAAUGCAUUUUUUUAUUGAUAAUACCAUGACAUAUUUUUGUGCAAAAUUGAAGGCUCUACAAACAUUUACAAAAUUUAAAAAAUGCAAAUAACUAAAUAUCCUUCAGGAAUUUUAAUAACGUUGUAAGAGAUAAUUAAGCGAAAUAAAACGUUUUACAAAAUGAGUCCCAAAAACUUUGCGAUUAUAUAUAAACUGUAAAUUUAACUUUCACAUGAUGAAGUGAUAAAAUCCUUUUUUGUGGGGCCUUUAAUUUGCUAAAAAUAAAUAUCCUGAUAUUAUCCAUACAAAAAUGCUUAGAGGAGUUAUAAAAUUCCAAAGUUAAAUGGGAAUAUUAAUAUUAAGGGAUCCCACUUUGACAGCAGUUUCUCGUCGUUUGGUACAAUAAUUUCUAAAUAAAUUUUGAAAAAAAUAGUCGAUUUUUUAUCCAAUAACAAUUUUUACAUUAAAUAGGUUCAAAUUUUCGUGGUUUUAUUUUUGACUAACGGUUGUUUAGUUUACGAAUUGUAGUAAGGGGUAGUGUUUUUUACUAAUUUAACUGUGGGGAUAUUUAAUUUUGUAUUAUUUGUAAUAUUUAGUAAAGCACAUGUGAAACUAACUAAGUAAUACUUCAAGCAUUUAUUUUUAGUGAUUUACAUAAUAUCAGAGUUUUAUCUGGUUCAUUUUUCACUAACUCAUAAUUAGUUAGAGCUUGAAUAUUAAAUUUUUCCGUUAAAUCAUCUCCGCGCAUUUUAUAAUUUAACUCGAGCUUUUAAUAAAAAUUAUACAUAUAAGGUUUAUGCAAACAUUUACACAAGUAAAUAUUGUGAUUUAAUUUGUAAUAUAGUGUUUAUGGGAAGAAUUUUGAAUAUUUUACAUCUUUCUACUAGCGCCCUGUAAUGUAGAUAGUCCACAAAGUUACCGUCUCAUCUCGAAAGGACUGAAGUUUGAUUGAAAAAGUGAUUUGUAUAAAGAUGUUGUAUGUUUGAGUUUUGCGGUGAGAUGGGCGACUUGUUAAUAUUCCUUAUUCAGUAUUACUAAUCUAACCAUAUAUAAGGAGCAGACUUGCAAAAUGAUUUUAAGUCUCCUAGUUUUUCCAACUUUUAACCUUGUUCAGAAAUUAGCAAUGCUAAGUUCCAUAAAAAACUAGACAACAUGCAUUUUGCAAAUCUGCUCCUGAUAUUUCAUAGAGAACUUGUUUUGUUUGUUGUUAUUUUCUUUAAAUUACGAUAAAUGAUUUGUAUUCGUGGUAUAAAUUUAUAAAUAUGAUUAAGACCAAUUAGAACCUUCAAAUGUAUACCGACUUGCAAACUGUUUAAAUAA